AUGGGUUCUAAAUUGACCAGGCAAAGUAGUCUGGACCAAAUAGAAACCACAUUUUCCAAGAAGAGACGCCAGCGGCAUGACAGCUCCGGAGAAGCUGAGCGAAGUGGAGGCGGGGAAUUCUUGUUUACAUCCCUGAUGCUGAAGUCAGACAAGCUCCCAGGGAUGCUGCGGAAAAGCAACCACAGCCCCUAUGUGAGACGGGUGGCAUGGAUCAGGGAAAUACAGAAGCUUCUUCGAGAACAGAAACAAGAACAGGCAGUCGAGGUGCUCAAAUUGCUAAGAAAGGUAAGAGAGCAUGUUUAACAUUGAAUAAUAGUUUACUUCUCCUCAACUUCAUAAGAUGUGUCCGUCCGUAAGUUACCUGGUGCACCUGCAGAAUUUGAUGCUGUUUGAUCAGCAGUAGCCACAGGUUGUCACUCAAGUCAGCCUGAUCAAUCAUUAGAAAUGUACUGGUAAAAAUGCUGCAUCUACUAUUCGUAUUAGAUUAUUAGGGCGGCAGGUAGCUUAGUGGGUAAGAGCGUUGGGCCAGUAACCGAAAGGUCGCUGGUUCUAAUCCCCGAGCCGACUAGGUGAAAAAUCUGUCGAUGUGCCCUUGAGCAAGGCACUUAACCCUAAUUGCUCUUGUAAGUCGCUCUGGAUAAGAGCGUCUGCUAAAUGACCAAAUAUAAAAUAUAAAUUAUGUAUGUGUACGCUACUGUACGUUUGUUUGUAAUUUAGGCUGGGUUUCUUCAUAUUUUGGGGUUUCCCCUUUAAAAUGAUUUACUGUAUGUCACAGUCUCUUUAAAUGUUUUUGUUCAUUUAAUUGUCAACCUUCAUUUAGGGUCUUAGCUAUAUACACUACAUGACCAAAAGUAUGCCUAGGUCUAGCCCGAACCAUGAAAAACAGCCCCAGACCAUUAUUCCUCCUCCACAAAACUUUACAUUUGGAACUAUGCAUUGGGGCAGGUAGCAUUCUCAUGGCAUCCGCCAAACCCAGAUUUGUCCGUCGACUGCCAGAUUGGUGAAGCAUUACUCAUCACUCCGGAGAACGCGUUUCCACUGCUCCAGAGUCCAAUGGCGGCGAGCUUUACACCACUCCAGCCAACACUUGGCAUUGCGCAUGGUGAUUUUAGGCUUGUGUGCGGCUUCUCGGCCAUGGAAACCAUUUCAUGAAGCUCACGGCGAACAGUUCUUGUGCUGACGUUGCUUUCAGAGACAGUUUGGAACUCGGUAGUGAGUGUUGCAACCGAGGACAGACGAUUUUUACGCGCUACGAGCUUCAGCACUUGUGUGGCCUACCACUUCGCAGCUGAGCCGUUGUUGCUCCUAGACGUUUCCACUUCACAAUAACAACACUUACAGUUGACCUAAUAGAGAAUAUAGUGCUAACUGUGCCACUAGAGAUCCUGGUUCGAAUCCAGGCUCUGUCGUAGCCGGCCGCGACCGGGAGACUCAUGGGCGGCGCACAAUUGGCCCAGCGUCGUCCAGGGUAGGGGAGGGAAUGGCCGGCAGGGAUGUAGCUCAGUUGAUAGAGCAUGGCGUUUGCAACGCCAGGGUUGUGGGUUCGAUUCCCACGGGGGGCCAGUAUAAAAAAAAUAAUGUAUUCACUAACUGUAAGUCGCUCUGGAUAAGAGCGUCUGCUAAAUGACUAAAAUGUAAAUGUAAAUGUUGACCGGGGCAGCUCUAGCAGGGUAGAACUUUGACUAACUGACUUGUUGGAAAGGUGGCAUUGACGGUACCACGUUGAAAGUCACUGAGCUCUUCAGUAAGGCCAUUCUACUGGCAAUGUUUGUCUAUGGAGAUUGCAUGGCGGUGUCCUCGAUUUUAUACACCUGUCAGCAACGGGUGUGGCUGAAAUAGCCGAAUCCACUAAUUUGAAGGGGUGUCCACAUACUUUUGUAUCUAUAGUGUAGUUUAGUUCAUGGUACAAUUAUUCAGUGGCUUGCCCCUUACAUAAUCACAGAUCAAAAGUGUCUGCUGUGUCAGAUUGUCUGCCUUGUCUGGCUCAGGUAUGUAUGGUAACACCAUCACUGCUGUAGAGAUGUAGGUCCUCAGGCUCUUCCUGGAAUAUCACAGAUCAUAUCACAGGCAACCACUGAGUAUGUUUAAACGAAAGGCCAAUUUUCUAUUCCUUCGAUGUCAUUCUCGUGGACACAGAAAUGCAAUGUUUUCCUACAUUCCACAGUUCUACAUUGUGUACAUGAAAUGUGUCCACAUAUUUAUCCUGCCAUGCUGGAUGGUGCUUGUGAAUUGCACACAAAUUAAUGAACUAUCUGAGCCACGUGCCACUCAUCAAAUUUAAGCAGCAGCAAAAGGCAUAACCUUGCACUGCUCUGCUUCCCUGUUGUGAAGAAGGCGCAACAGCUCAGGAGGCUGAAGAAAUUCAGCUCAGCCCAUAAGACCCUCACAAACUUUUACAGAUGCACUAUUGAGAGCAUCCUGUCGGACUGUAUCACCGCCUGAUACGGUAACUGCACCGUCCGCUACCGCAGGGCUCUCCAGAGGGUGAUGCGGUAUGCCCAUCGCAUCACCGGGGGGCACACUGCCUGCCUUCUAUGACAUCUACAGCACCCAGUGUCACAGGAAGGCCAAGAAGAUCAUCAAGGACCUCAGCCACCUGAGCCACGGCCUGCUCACCCCGCUAUCAUCCAGAAGGCAAGGUCAGUACAGGUGCAUCAAAGCUGGGACCGAGAGACUGAAAAACUGCUUCUAUCUCAAGGCCAUCAGACUGUUAAAUAGCCAUCACUAGCCGGCCUCCACCCAGUACCCUGCCCUGAACUUAGUCACUGUCACUAGCCGGCUACCACCCGGUUGCUCAACCCUGCACCUUAGAGGCUGCUGCCCUAUGUACAUAGACAUCGAACACUGGUCACUUUAUUAAACUGACCAGUGUUCCAUUAUUAAUGUUUACAUACUACUUUUACCCAUUUCAUAUGUAUAUACUGUAUUCUAGUCAAGGCCAUCCUAUUCAACUAUUGCUGUACAUAAACAAUUCUAUCCUACGUUUUCUUCAGAUAUACUAUACUGAACAAAAAUAUAAACGCAACAUGCAACAAUUUAACGAUUUUACUGAGUUACAGUUCAUAUAAGGCAGCCAGGCCAACUCCCUGGGGAGCCAGGCCCAGUCAAUCAGAAUGAGUUUUCCCCCACAAAAGGGCUUUAUUACAGACAGAAAUACUCCUCAUGCUGUUUAAUCAGCUUCUUGAUAUGCCACACCUGUCAGGUGGAUGGAUUAUCUUGGCAAAGGAGAAUGCUCACUAACAGGGAUGUAAACAAAUUUGUGCACAACAUUUGAGAGAAAUAAGCUUUUUGUGCGUAUGGAACAUUUCAGGAAUUUUUUUUUUCAGCUCAUGAAACAAGGGACCAACACUUUACAUGUUGCGUUUAUAUUAUUGUUCAGUGUACAGUGAGGGGAAAAAGGUAUUUGAUCCCCUGCUGAUUUUGUACAUUUUCCCACUGACAAAGAAAUGAUCAGUCUAUAAUUUUAAUGGUAGGUUUAUUUGAACAGUGAGAGACAGAAUAACAACAAAAAAAUCCAGAAAAACGCAUGUCAAAGCUGUUAUAAAUUGAUUUGCAUUUUAAUCAGAAGGAUUUCUGGCUCCCAGGUGUCUUUUAUACAGGUAAUGAGCUGAGAUUAGGAGCACACUCUUAAAGGAAGUGCUCCUAAUCUCAGUUUGUUACCUGUAUAAAAGACACCUGUCCACAGAAGCAAUCAAUCAAUCAUAUUCCAAACUCUCCACCAUGGCCAAGACCAAAGAGCUCUCCAAGGAUGUCAGGGACAAGAUUAUAGACCUACACAAGGCUGGAAUGGGCUGCAAGACCAUCGCCAAGCAGCUUGGUGAGAAGGUGACAACAGUUGGUGCGAUUAUUCGCAAAUGGAAGAAACACAAAAUAACUGUCAAACUCCCUCGGCCUGGGGCUCCAUGCAAGAUCUCACCUCGUGGAGUUGCAAUGAUCAUGAGAACGGUCAGGAAUCAGCCCAGAACUACACGGGAGGAUCUUGUCAAUGAUCUCAAGGCAGCUGGGACCAUAGUCACCAGGAAAACAAUUGGUAACACACUACACCGUGAAGGACUGAAAUCCUGCAGCGCCCGCAAGGUCCCCCUGCUCAAGAAAGCACAUAUACAGUGGGGAGAACAAGUAUUUGAUACACUGCCGAUUUUGCAGGUUUUCCUACUAACAAAGCAUGUAGAGGUCUGUAAUUUUUAUCAUAGGUACACUUCAACUGUGAGAGACGGAAUCUAAAACAAAAAUCCAGAAAAUCACAUUGUAUGAUUUUUAAGUAAUUAAUUUGCAUUUUAUUGCAUGACAUAAGUAUUUGAUCACCUACCAACCAGUAAGAAUUCUGGCUCUCACAGACCUGUUAGUUUUUCUUUAAGAAGCCCUCCUGUUCUCCACUCAUUACCUGUAUUAACUGCAUCUGUUUGAACUCGUUACCUGUAUAAAAGACACCUGUCCACACACUCAAUCAAACAGACUCCAACCUCUCCACAAUGGCCAAGACCAGAGAGCUGUGUAAGGACAUCAGGGAUAAAAUUGUAGACCUGCACAAGGCUGGGAUGGGCUACAUGACAAUAGGCAAACAGCUUGGUAAGAAGGCAACAACUGUUGGUGCAAUUAUUAGAAAAUGGAAGAAGUUCAAGAUGACGGUCAAUCAACCUCGGUCUGGGGCUCCAUGCAAGAUCUCACCUCAUGGGGCAUCAAUGAUCAUGAGGAUGGUGAGGGAUCAGCCCAGAACUACACGGCAGGACCUGGUCAAUGACCUGAAGAGAGCUGGGACCACAGUCUCAAAGAAAACCAUUAGUAACACACUACGCCGUCAUGGAUUCAAAUCCUGCAGCGCAUGCAAGGUCCCCCUGCUCAAGCCAGCGCAUGUCCAGGCCCGUCUGAAGUUUGCCAAUGACCAUCUGGAUGAUCCAGAGGAGGAAUGGGAGAAGGUCAUGUGGUCUGAUGAGACAAAAAUAGAGCUUUUUGGUCUAAACUCCACUCGCCGUGUUUGGAGGAAGAAGAAGGAUGAGUACAACCCCAAGAACACCAUCCCAACCGUGAAGCAUGGAGGUGGAAACAUAAUUCUUUGGGGAUGCUUUUCUGCAAAGGGGACAGGACGACUGCACCGUAUUGAGGGGAUGGGGCAUGUAUCGCGAGAUCUUGGCCAACAACCUCCUUCCCUCAGUAAGAGCAUUGAAGAUGGGUCGUGGCUGGCUCUUCCAGCAUGACAACGACCCGAAACACACAGCCAGGGCAACUAAGGAGUGGCUCUGUAAAAAGCAUCUCAAGGUCCUGGAGUGGCCUAGCCAGUCUCCAGACCUGAAAUUAAUAGAAAAUCGUUGGAGGGAGCUGAAAGUCCGUAAUGCCCAGCGACAGCCCCGAAACCUGAAGGAUCUGGAGAAGGUCUGAAUGGAGGAGUGGGACAAAAUCCCUGCUGCAGUGUGUGCAAACCUGCUCAAGACCUACAGGAAAUGUAUGAUCUCUGUAAUUGCAAACAAAGGUUUCUGUACCAAAUAUUAUGUUCUGCUUUUCUGAUGUAUCAAAUACUUAUGUCAUGCAAAUGAAUUACUUAAAAAUCAUACAAUGUGAUUUUCUGGAAUUUUGUUUUAGAUUUCGUCUCUCACAGUUGAAGUGUACCUAUGAUAAAAAUUACAGACCUCUACAUGCUUUGUAAGUAGGAAAACCUGCAAAAUUGGCAGUGUAUCAAAUACUUGUUCUCCCCACUGUACAUGCCCGUCUGAAGUUUGCCAAUUAAUAUCUGAAUGAUUCAGAGGAGAACUGGGUGAAAGUGUUGUGGUCAGAUGAGACCAAAAUUGAGCUCUUUGGCAUCAACUCAACUCGCCGUGUUUGGAGGAGGAGGAAUGCUGCCUAUGACCCCAAGAACACCAUCCCCACCGUCAAACAUGAAGGUGGGAACAUUAUGCUUUGGGGGUGUUUUUCUGCUAAGGUGACAGGACAACUUCACUGCAUCAAAGGGACGAUGGACGGGGCCAUGUACCGUCAAAUCUUGGGUGAGAACCUCCUUCCCUCAGCCAGGGCAUUGAAAAUGGGUCGUGGAUGGGUAUUCCAGCAUGACAAUGACCCAAAACACACGGCCAAGGUAACAAAGCAUAUUAAGGUCCUGGAGUGGCCUAGCCAGUCUCCAGACCUUAAUCCCAUAGAAAAUCUGUGGAGGGAGCUGAAGGUUCGAGUUGCCAAACGUCAGCCUCGAAACCUUAAUGACUUGGAGAAGAUCUGCCAAGAGGAGUGGGACAAAAUCCCUCCUGAGAUGUGUGCAAACCUGGUGGUCAACUACAAGAAACGUCUGACCUCUGUAAUUGCCAACAAGGGUUUUGCCACCAAGUACUAAGUCAUGUUUUGCAGAGGGGUCAAAUACUUAUUUCCCUCAUUAAAAUGCAAAUCAAUUUUUUACCAUUUUUGACAUGUGUUUUUCUGGAUUUUUGUGUGGUUAUUCUGUCUCUCACUGUUCAAAUAAACCUACCAUUAAAAUUAUAGACUGAUCAUGUCGUUGUCAGUGGGCAAACGUACAAAAUCAGCAGGGGAUCUAAUACUUUUUUCCCUCACUGUAUAUCGACUCACACACUCUUAGAAAAGAAGGCGCUAUCUAGAACCUAAAAGGGUACUUCGGCUGUCCCCAUAGGAGAACCCUUUGAAUAACUAUUUUUGGUUCUGAGUAGAACCCUUUUGGUUCCAGGUAGAACCCUUUUGAGUUCCAUGUAGAACCCUUUACACAAAGGGUUCUACAUGAACCCAAAAUAGUUAUACCUUGAACCAAAAAGGGUUAUCCUAUGGGGACAGCCGAAGAACCCUUUUGGAAUCCUUUUUUCUAAGAGUGCACCGUUCCACUGAGCCGCUUUAACAACAGAGGUGGUACUUGUAGCUCUCCUGUUUUUCCUCUGUGAGUGGAAAAGCUGCUUUUUCUUUCGGGGAAGGCUGGAUUUGGAGUUAAUCUCCUUGAGCUGUUGGAUGGUGGUGGGGCAUGCCUGAUGCCUCCUUCACAGCACAGCACACAGGAAGUUAUUACACAGAGGAGAUGCACAGAGGAAGCAAUGAGACCAAUCUCCCUUCUGGGCUAUUAACGUUAAUUACUUUGGAUUCUUCUCUAUGUUCGUCAGUAAACAAGGAAUCAGCAAGCAAGCAUUAAGCUUAAAAGCAUAAACACUGAAUAUGUUUAGUGAUGUGUGAAAGCAAAUACUAAAGUGUCUUGGAGGUUAUAAUAGGCUAACAUUACCUUUGUAAUGAGACUUUCCAAAAACUACUUUUGGUAUUUGUUUCGUUAGUUCAUUGUUGAUAUAGUCCCUAAAUGUUUUGCAUGUCAGCAAUCAAGUUUUCAAGAUAUAUAACUUUCAAAAUACGGAAAUACAGCAGGUAUGCAAUAUUAUACAAAAUUGGUCAUAGUUAAACUACUUGAUGAUUUACCACAUUUUUUACAUACUAAUCAUAAAAUGAUCCACAAUCUAGGCCUAUCUCUAUGUUGUUGUUUGAGACUUGUUUACUGUAUUCUGUUGUGGUAUAUUUCCCUCUCAUAAAGGGAGAGCUGGAGAAUGGCCCGGAGUCAGGGAAUCCCAGAGAGCUCUAGUGUAAUACAUAAGCCAGAAAGCUGGAGGAGAAAGUGCUGAUGGGAGUUUUUCUCAGAGCUUUCACUGUAGGCGUCAGUGCUUAGCCUUUCAGACUGUAGGGUCUGCUUAACAUAGGAGUCCUCAGCCUCCUCCUAUACAGCAUCUUUACACCAGCUUACACGUAUAGCCCUAGCCUGCUACUACCUUCACAUUGCAUGGAGUCCAGCAAGUAUACAGACCUACAGCAGCUUUGCUCAUACCUUGAUAUCAUAUAACCCCAUAUGUGACUUAGAACACAUUUAGUAAACCAAGUCCUGAAACAAAUUAGAGGAGGAGAAUGUUGUUUUGUCCUCCUCUGCUCUACUCCGCCUUAACCUUUCAUUGUGGUGGAUGUUUUGUUUUUGAGCCUUUCCGUCACGUCUUGCCUGCGGUUUCAGCUAAUUUGUUUCAGGGAUUGCUGUGUGUGUUUGGUUGAUGUCAUCCUCCUCGAUAUGGGAGGUUGGUGAGGGCUGCGUCGAAGGCCUUUUGAUGUGUGUCAAAGUGUUAGGUUUCAAACUCGGGCUCACGAUGACAUCAAUCCCUCCUCACCAGCAGCAGCCCUCAGAGCAUUACCGGAAGUUGCAGCUUCCUUUGCCUCAAUCUAUUUACACUGCUGGUGUCACUGCAAAUAGCAGCAGCCCUGCAGAUGAUACUAGAAAGAACAACCUCUGGGGGUGUUUUCUCAUUCCUCGUUUUUAUUAAACCCGUCUACACAUCACACACGCCUGCCAUUUUAAUUCCAGAGAAGAUGGUAGGGAGCGGAAGUGCUGUAGACUUGAACCAUUUCUCUCUAAGUGCCUGCGUGGUGUUUUUAGAGGUCUUUCUUGGAUAGCUCUGGAGUGUGUUCAGUGUGGUGUGUGUAAAGACCCAGGGCUUUUAGGGAUGGAAGUGUCCUAAGGCACAUUACUGCUGCGUUGGGUCUGCAAAGUCACUGUCCCUAGAAUGCAUGUAAUGCAAUAGAACGUAAUUUUACUGUUAGGGGUGAAUGAGGGCACAGCACAUCACUUUAGUUGUUGUGUGUCUGUUAAAAUGUCAUUUUGGGAGAAAUUGUCCUGCUUUAACCCCCCAUACCCCUCAUCCCACACCCCAGCCUAUCCUGUGCCUUGUCCCAUGUGGCACUCUUACUGUAAAAUCCUCUCAGCUUGAUAAAUAAACAUCAUGAGGAAAGUGGAUGAUGAAAGGAUUAUGCAAAUACAUUGACAAUCUGUUACCAUUAAGCAGUCCACAUCAUGUCACUUGAAUACUUAAUGACGCAUGACUUGCACUUAAAUAAUAUAGAAAUUCACCCCUUGUUGGACCUUGGAAUGAUUGAAAAGAAACACCAAUGAUAUAUUAUUCUCUCCUGCUCUGUAUUCCUACAGGACUUGGGACUCCAGGGAACAUCCCUCAAUGAUAUCCUCUAUAAGAAUACAGCCUUUCUCAACCUGGUGGAUCCAAUCUCCCAUGAGCUCUUGCUCAGCCUGGCCAAAGACAUGCAGUGUCCAAAGAGGGUAAGCCCAUCGUAAUGUCUGACUGUUGAUCUGUCUGUUUGUCCAUCUGUCUGUUUGUCUCAACCACCUCAGCCGUGCUGUUGUCAGGGAACAUUAAAUUAGAUCAGGCACAGAAAAUAGAACGUUUAGGAAUCCACGGCUGCAAGGGUCAAUUCAAGAGCAAAUAGAUGAUGGUCGGUCUCUUAGAAAUAUGACUGCUAGGCCAUUUGGUUUGUUUCCAGCCUUCUAACUGCUGCCAUCAAUCAUACAGUUGUUAUGAUUAGGCGUGUGUGUGUGCAUACGUGUUCAAUCCUGGGGUGCUGGAGACAUGGGGCACCUAUUUAUAAGUAAUGACCAGAAGUAGGUAAGUCACAGUGUGGUGUCAUUACUACAACCGUCAAAGUACAAUCCAAUGUCUGGGACUGUCAUUCCAAUGUCAACAACAACUCAUCACAAUGUGAAGAACCAGUCUCAGUGCUUCAAAAUGCAUCACAACACAUUACUUUUAUUGUGCGUUCAACCAUAGUACUGUGUUUUUAGAUCUCAAGAGCCCUGUGGUGGCUACAGCCUAUGCAUAUUCUGAAUCGUGUUUGAAUUUGAUUCCAUGUUGACAAUGCCCCAAUUCACAUCAACGAGAAAAACAUGUUAUUUCCAGAUUAUAGUCAAGGCCUUUUCUAAGAAUACUUCCAUUCAGUGAACCCUUUCCCCACAAAGAUGAAACAUAACAAAGACUGUAAUAGUGUUCUUACUGACAUCCCAUUGCCUGAUAAGAAACGCUGGAAGGUUUGAAGUGUAUGAGGCAUGUUUGUGCCACACAGAGUGGGAGGAGUGGGAAUGGUUAAUAGCCUGACGUAAAUUGCCCCUGUCUUUUUUCUAUUUCGCUGCAUUGCUUCUUUCUUGUUGUUGUGUUGUACCAUUAAUUAGAUUUACCCUGCUCUGCUUAACCCAAUCCUUUUAAAGUCUUUGGGGAAGGGGGGGUGGAGAGGGAGAAAGAGCAAUGGAGCAAGAGCUGGAGCGAGACCAAGGAGAGAGGGACUGACAGAGAUGCUAAAGCAUAUUUUUAUGUAUAACCAUGUUGGAUGGACAAGGGAGAAGACCCUUGAGAUAAUGUGGUGAAAGCAGCCAAAUGGUUGGAUUGUUUGUAGUGGGAUAAGUGAAGGGGAUCAGACAAUUAUUAUAUAUUAUUAUAAAUAACCUUCACCUUUUAAACCAUCACUACACAGCUCAAUGUGACAUAAUAGGGGUUGCAAGGCCAUAAGUGAAACAGUGGUCCAUUGAAAUAUGUUUAUCCAAGAUGUUCUGCCUAGGGCUUCUAAAAUGUAUCAAUUAAUUCUUAGGCGUCACAAGGUUGCCUGUUGUGCUAAUUGUGGUUAAAGGUAAAUUCCACCCAAAAACUAUAUUUUGAUAUUUGUUUCAUUAGUGCAUUGUUGACAUAGUCCCAAAAUGUUUUGCUUGUCAGCAGUCAAGUUUUCAAGAUAUGUAACUUUCAAAAUACAGAAAUGAUCCCGUAUGAUGCAUGUUGCAUCAUAUGUUGCAAAACGCAGGGGUCAAAUUCCAUUGUUCAUGAUGUCAGAAAGGAAAAUAGGCCUAUUUUCAUUACAUUUAUUCAGUUCAGAAAGUCAACUAGAGCAGUCUCUUUGAUUGUUCCUCUAUUUGAAAGCCAGACACCUUAAGCCCUUAGUGUUUGUGUAUGUGUAUAUUACAGGAGACAGACACCCUGAAGUCGUCCGACAAGAUCUGCAGACAGCUGAUAUUCCACCUGACCCCUCACUCCAAGUGGAUGAGACAGAGCCUGCCCAGGAGGAAGUCGCAGGCC